GCGGACGCUAGGGGCGAUUUACAAAGAUGCUGAAAAUAUGUGGUCGUAAAGCUAUCUUUGUUCAAGUUUCCAACCCCCAAGCUAUUAUCAACCAUUGUGGUAUACCUAACUUACAUGCAAAAACAACGCCAGAAUGUAUGGGCAAUUGAAUGAAAUCCUCAAGAAGUUCAUCAUUGAAAGGUUUGGUGAGAACAGAUGGGAAACUAUUGCAAAAUUGAAAGACAUAAAGGGAACUUUUAUUGCAGAGGAUAAAUACGAUGAUACGAUUUCUAAGAACAUCAUCGAAGCUGCCACAAAAGAACUGGAUCUACAAAGCGACCCGUUUUUGGAAAUGUGUGGAGCGUUCAUGUUUCAAUACCUGCGUCGCUAUGGUUACGAGGAACUCAUCCGUAACCUUGCUAACAACGUCCUUGAGUUCCUGCAGAAUUUGGAUUUUGUACAGUCUUACCUUAAGGAGGAUUACCAAGAUUUUGUAAUGCCUCACUUCCGGUGUGACGACGAUUCAGUCUCGGAUCGAAUGAUUCUCCAUUACUUUUCAUACAGGCCAGGAUAUCAGCGCAUCGUUAUGGGAUUUAUAAGAGAGGCUUCGAAGUCACUUUACAAGAUGGAACUUUAUAUCGACAUCAUUUCGAACACGGAAGAAUCCGUAUCGACCAAUAAACAUGGCGUCAGAGAGCACGUGACUUUCAACAUUAUUGCUAAGCAGAUUUUGGACAAGAUUAAUGACCCUCCUCCGACUUUUAUCGCCCAAACUAAGAAACAUGGCGAAGAACAAAUACUGAAAGAGGAUGUAGAAGCUGUUAAAAAGAAGUUAGAAGAAAUCAAAGAGGAAUUUGGAGAAGAGGCUUUGCCAGUUGCCAAAUAUAAAAGCAGCCGAGCAAAAUGGCGCGCGAUAGCGAAAAUCAGUUUGCUCAGCCGUGGAUUUGUCCCAAACUAUCCCAACGAAAUCCCGAUAAAUCCCCGCAUGUUCAUAGAGGUUUUCCCAUAUCACGUGAUCUUCGAUCCCUCUAUGAAGGUGCAUCAGUCUGGGAUCAGCAUCCAACAGUUGAUGCCGUCCAUCCGGAACCGCUCUUCAGAGAUGAAAGACUAUUUCACCCUUCUUUAUCCCCGCUGUACAGACUUGACGUACCUUAACGUACAGCGCUUCAUCAGAUCACCCUUCAUUCUGGAGAUGCGUCGAGAGAAAAUGCAAAAAACUUGGACCAAGCGACCACCGUUGUUAAUCAAAGGGCAAAUGUUUCAUUUGAGGGAUAACGGCUCCGUCUUUUUCAUGGCGUCACCUUAUAUCAGGGCUUGGGAGGACCUAGAGAAAAGAACAAUGAGACUAGCUGACCUACCAAUGUGGGACGCCACCAGGGAUUUCUUGUUGUCGGACAUGGCUUAUAGAGUUGGAUCGGGUCAGUAUUACGGCCAUUUUUUCUUGGACAACAACUUGGUCGUCAACGCAGGCGACAUGAUGAACAAAAUGGGCGACGACGCAAAGGAUUCUGGGAACGAGAAGGAGGAUGUCAGUGUCAGAGGGAAGUGGAUCCGGGUCCAGCGUGACCUUGACAACGAACGACGCCGAAAUGAACGUCUCUACCACGCCUUCCUGCCUCGCCCCCUGGCCAUGGCGAUCCAAAAGGGGGAAUACUCAGAUGCUGACUUCUAUCCAGAGGUGACGGCGUUGUUCUGCGACAUUGUGGGGUUCGUUCAGUUUGUGACCAACUGCAAACCUAGCGACGUCCUAGCUGUUCUCAACACCCUAUAUACGGAGUUUGAUCGGCUCACGCGCGUGCACGACACCUUCAGAGUUGAGUCGAUUGGAGAUGCUUACUUCGUCGUCUCCGGAACUCCUGAGUCCGAUUCUCACCACGCAGAGAGGGUUGCCAAUACUGCACUGGGGAUGAUGUUUGUUGGAAGUGAGGUCGAAUCGCCUCUGACUGGAGAAAGUAUCCAGCUGCGGAUCGGACUCCACACUGGAUCCCUGGUGGGUGGGGUCGUACACAGCCGUCUGCCCAGGUUUCUGGUCAUGGGAGAAACCGCAGUGGUGGCGUCCAAGAUGGAGAGCCACGGGGAACCACAGAGGAUCCACGUCAGCCCCACCACUUACAACGCAAUUUGCGAAAAGGGUUUCAAACUGGAGCCUCGAGGAAAGAUAGACAUGCGCGGAAUAGCUCCAAUGGAAACCUAUUUUCUGGUGAAGAAUGAGAGAGCCACAGAUGAUGCCAUCAUCGGGAGACCAAGCGGGGGUCAGAAAGUAACGCAUGUCAAUGAAAAAAUUGGCGCCGACGUCAAAGAAGGCAUGAUCGGUCCCAAUACGGAUAACAGUGACGUCAUUCCUUUUCUUUACCAGUGAUUUACUGAAGUAACAUCUUUCCGUCUCCAGUCGUUUCAGUGACACCAUUUUUUUCUAUGGAUGUGAUGUAGUAAAGUGAUGUGACGUAGUAAAGUGAUGUGACGUAGUAAAGUGAUGUGACGUAGUAAAGUGAUGUGAUGUAAUAAAGUGAUGUGACGUAGUAAAGUGAUGUGCUGUAAUAAAGUGAUGUGACGUAGUAAAGUGAUGUGACGUAGUAAAGUGGUGUAAUAAAGUGACAUUCUGUGAUUGUAGUUAUUAUAUUAUAUUUACAUUCUACUUUGUUUUUCCAUAAAAUUCUGUGAUCUUCAAAUGCCAUUAAAUGCAACAAGUAGUCAAAGGUCAAAUCGACGAGUUUUAUUAUGACGUCACAAACGUUGAACGCUGUAAACUGCAACGUCACAAGCGAAAAUCAAAGUUCACGCUUGUGGCUGUUACUGUGGCUCUUCCAUUAAUAUUAACUUACCCUUGGGAUAAGAUUGGAAU